GUUGCGCAAUCCAGGUCAGAGGACACCAUCCAACAUGGCGGCCUCUCCAGACGGCGUGGACAAAACUGGCGAAAAUAAGCCACUUUUCCGGGACCUGACGGGUGACAUUGGCGACCAGGAGGCCACAGAAAUAGAUGACACCUUAUGUAUGAACUGCCACGAAUCGGGCACCACGCGACUGUUGAUGACGAGAAUUCCGUACUUCCGUGAGGUUGUACUGAUGUCGUUCGACUGUCCGCACUGCGGCUUCGCUAACAACGAGCUCCAACCGGCCAGUACCAUUCAGGAGCAGGGGGUGAGGGUCACACUCAAGGUGGAGUCAAGUAAAGAUCUGAAUCGACAAGUAGUGAAGGCUGAGUCUGCUUCUCUGUCUAUUCCUGAACUUGACUUUGAAGUUCCACCAAAUACACAAAAGGGAGUUCUAACCACAGUUGAGGGAGUGAUUGAUCGAGCUGUGAGAGGGUUGGAGCAGGAACAACCAGUUAGGAGGGCUAUGGAUCCAGCAGUUGCCGAGAAAAUUGAUGCCUUCAUAGAGAAACUGAGAGAGCUGACAGACCUCAAAACUCCUUUCACAAUGGUUCUGGAUGACCCAACAGGGAACAGCUUUGUGGAAAAUCCAUUUGCUCCUUCUCAAGACAAGAAUGUCACCUUGGUUCACUACCCCAGAACUAGAGAACAAAACAUCCAACUUGGAUUUCAGGCUGAAACUUCAGAAGAAGAACCUACAGACACUGACAAAGCUACAGAAAAUGGAGAGGCAGAAAACUUGGCUGAUGAGGUCCUGAGUUUCAACACCAACUGUCCCAACUGUCAGAGUCCUGUUCCAACCAACAUGAAAGUUGUCGACAUCCCAUAUUUCAAGCAGGUCAUCGUCAUGGCAACGACCUGUGACAGAUGCGGUCAUAGGUCAAACGAGGUCAAGUCUGCUUCAGGUGUGGCAGAGAAAGGUCGUCGGAUGACCUUGAACAUGACUGAUCCCAGUGACCUGACAAGGGAUGUCCUAAAGUCGGAGACGUGUACUGUCAGUAUUCCUGAACUUGACUUUGAGCUGAGUCUGAGCUACGGGAUCGGAGGAAAGUUCACCACACUAGAGGGGCUCAUCAUCAAUAUCAAGGAACAGCUGGAGAUGAAUGCCUUCUCCUUGGGAGACAGUUCCACGGCUGCUGGGAGUAGCAAGAUGAGAGACUUCCUGGCAAAACUGACGGAGAUUGCCGAGGGAAAGAGACUGGUUCAGAUUCAACUGGAUGACCCAGCUGGUAACAGCUAUCUUCAGAAUGUUUAUGCUCCAGACCCUGACCCUGAACUGGUUGUCGAAGAUUACAUAAGGACUCAUGAGCAGAAUGAAGACUUGGGGUUGAAUCAGAUGAAGACUGAAAACUAUGGAGAAGACAGUUGAUGAAAAUUGAUGUGAAAAAUGGAAAAUGGUUUAAAGUUUUAUUAAUGUUAUUCCAGAUUUUUUUCACAGACUGGCAGUACUUUAUGUUCACGGUUUUCAUGGUCCAUCAUGUAUCUUAAACUUAUUAUUACUGUUAUCAAAUCAUUUGAGGACAUGUUAAUUUUUCUCAGGCCUUGAAAUUUUUUGA